AUGGCGACCGCAGCCCUUAUUAGCCCGAGCACAACCCCGUAUGGCCAUCCGACAUCUUUUUCAUCCAGCUAUCCGCACCCAGCUCCCGGGCCCAGCAUUGCAGGCAUGAUUUCUCCAGUUGAGCCUCGACGACCCUCGGAUGAGUCUGAGACUCCUCAUCGACAAUCACUCCCUUCGCUCUCUGAGGUCAUAUCUGGUGCGAAACCCAGCCAGUACCCGCCUUCACAAGCAUCCAGCAUGUCAGGUUCCCAAAGCUUCCCUUCUCCCUUUGCACCAGGGCCUCCAAGAUCGUAUGCCGAGUCUUCCACCGAUAAGAACUCUCCUCGGCCUCACCAUCUCGCGUCGACAUAUCCACCAAGGCCCGACGCACUCCCCGCCAUUUCGGACCCCUCGAGGCCGCCGCCGCCAUUCGCAGCUCGUCCUCCGCCGCCUAUGAGCAGCUUUUCCGGCCCUCAGCCGAGCCCGCCUCACAAGCCCGAGCAUAUGCGCGAUCCUGACCCAAGGGCACCUGAGCCGGCUGGUCCCUACACACAACAUGCCGCGCCGCCGCCGCCCCCGAUAUAUCCUCACCCGCACGCGAAUCAACUCCCGGCAGGACAGGUCCCUUUGCCAGCGGCGUACCCCGUGUCACCUCGCCAUGGUGGGCCUCCUCUGCCAUCGCCAUACGAUGCUCAGCGUCCCGGAGUCCAUGAGGCUCAAGACUCUGAGUACGGUCCCGCCCGCCCUCAAUACGACCGAACCUUGAACCGACAUUUGGAUGCGUGGGGCUACUCGGAUGCCCUAGGUAGAGUGAGUGUUCCCAUUAGUGUCACAUCCUCCGUCAAGCUUACCAAUAAGUUUAACCAGAUCGCUUCCGCUACGAGGACGAUUUACAACUUCGCCGAAGCUUACGGUCGCAUCGCCGCAGAGCAGCAUGGCAACCAGCAGCCACUGCCCGACAGGCUUCCUACUGAGCGGGAAGUAAAUGACAUGCUCGACAACGUGGAGUACAUUAGAAAUUCUUUGGACUCGGUGAGGCAACUUGUCAAGGACAGCAACGAGCGUGCGAGGGUAGUUGGCAAACAGAAGGGCUACGAAGACGAGGACACGCCGAUGUACGACGGUAUGAAUAAGAACAGCUACGGUAUCACUGAGGUCAAGAAGCGACGCGGGAGAGCUGCUCCUCCCGGCAGAUGCCAUAGCUGUAACCGAAUCGAUACUCCCGAAUGGCGAAGGGGGCCUGAUGGUGCCCGAACUCUCUGCAACGCCUGUGGACUGCACUACGCCAAGCUGGAGCGAAAGCGUCAGCUUGAAGCGCGACAAAUCCGUCCUAAGCCUUGUGACGAGAGGAGCUAA